GUAUCAGAACUUCAUUCCUUUUUAUGGCUGGAUAAUACUCAAUUGUGUAGAUGGGCUUUACUUUAUUUGCUCGUUCAUGAGUAAAUGGAUUCUUUUGGCUACUAGGAAUAAUGCUGCUGUGAACAUUCGUGUACAAGUUUUUGUGUGGAUGGAUGUUUUCAUUUCUUUUUGGUGUAUACUUUUAGAAGUGUAAUUCAUGGGUUAUAUGGUAACUGUGUUUGGGGUGGUGAUUUUUAUGCCUAAGGUUGUAACAAAGCUACAAGGUGUUACCAGAAAUUUUCGGGAAGGAUCUCUGGUCUUCAGUCCACAUAGACACUGCAAGAAGCUCAUCACUCAAGUCCUGGUGGGCCAUUUGAAAGUUGGUGGUUUUGCUAGUCUCCAUUUGUGCCAGACUCUUUGCAGUCUUUGUGCCAAACUCUGCAGUGAGACUGCCACUGUUUGCCAAGGCUGGGGGCCUUAUGGCUUAGUUUCCUAGCAGCCAUGUGUCACCCCCAUCGGAAGCCCAGCUCCCUCCUAGGACAUCACGUGGAUGUAGAAGUCAGAUUUAGCUGCUGCUUAAGGGACAUGAUGCCAUCUCCACCCUCCACUAAAUCUACCAUUAGCACCUCACAUUUUUUUCGCCCAUAGAACUGUGUCAACAUUGAAUUUUACUAUUUGUACUUAUUUUAGUUUAAUGUGUUCAGUGGUGGUUUAAAGUUGCUUUGGCUUGUUUUUCUUUAAUGGCUAGGAAUAAUGCAUUUCUCUAUUUUUUUCUUGUUUAGACUUCCUUUGGGCUAAGUGGACCAUUCUUCUCUGGCCCACUUAAUCAAUAGCAUCUGGGCUUUUUGUAUAUAUUUAUAUCAGUUCUUUACAUGUGCUACUUUGGGUAGUAAAACUUUCAUCAAUUAUGUUUGUCUUAUUUUGAUAUUACUAGUUAUUCCUCAAGGCAUUGCUCUUUUUUAUCUCUUCAGUAGUAACAAUGCUAUCUCAUUUUCACUUUUGUUAAACUUUUAUUUUAGGCUAGGGGUACAUGUAGAAGUUUGUUCUAUAGGUAAACUGGAAAUUUUUCACUUUUAAUACAAAUUAAGUAGUUUUAAUGCAUAAAUUGUUGCUUGGUUUAAAGUUAUUUUGUGUCACCAGGACCUAAAGUGCAAUAAAUUAUUUUUUAUUUAAGUUGGCAUUUAACAGUAGUUGUCUUUUCCACUUUUGCAUUACUCCUGAUAUGUCAUUUAUUACAUUCCUUUAAUUGGUUGAAUUUUGUUUCUGGAAUAUAUACCGGCCCAGGGAUGCUUGCUUUUAAUACAGCUCCACGUACGUUCCAUAACUGCAGCUUUAUAAUUUGCAAUCCAGUAGGACAGACCCACCCUCACUUUUUAAAAAAGAAGUCUCUGUUAUCCCUUAUUCCUCUGAGUAAAUUUUGCUGUGUGCUUGUCUCAUUCUAGAAAGUGUUCCAAUAGACCUUAAUGAUAUUGGAUUAAUUUAUGAGUCUACGUUGGACAUGUUUGCAUCUCUACCACCUGAAUGAGCAUUAUGUUCUUAACUGCACCUUUUAAGCCCAUGGGCUCAUCCCAUGUUCCCUGUAAUUCUCAGUUCUCCUUCUGCCUCCUCUUUCUCUCAGAGCAAGUUAGAAAUUUACCCUUGGAGCAGAAAGCAUCACACUAUUCAGGUUUUCCUUAUUUCUCUUAACAGAGUUUUAUAACUUUCCCUAAGUCAUGUGUGUCUUAAGUGAAAUGAAUAUGCAGAUAUUUAAUGUUUUGUAUUACUAUUUCAAAUAGCAUUUUUUUUCCUGGGUUUUUUUUCUUUGUGCUGUCUGGCACUAGUGUAAGCAAAGGUUAUUGAUUUUUGAGGAUUAUUUUAUACCCUCAAUUUUGAGCAAGUCAUUCUCUGGUUAAUUUUCUUGAAUUUUCUGGGGCUGUAAUGACGUCAUCUUGAAAUACUGACACUUCUAUUUUUUUCUUCACAAUUUUUGUACUUUUUUUUUUCUUGAAUAGUUAUCUGCUGGAAUUUCUAGAGCUAGGUUAAAUAGAGAUGGUGACAAUGGGACAUUGUCGUUUCCCCCCCCCCAGUGACUAUAAAACUAAUAAGUAUGUUUACCCUUUCCCCCAGGUUAAGACAGAAAAUCUGCACCUUUUUUGGGAAAAUUAAUUAAAAAUUAAUGCUGAAUUUUACUCAGUUCCUUUUGGCAUGUAUUUAACAAUUAAUGUGUAUCUAAGAGCUAUUUUUGCAUAUGCUGUACUUUUUUUUUUUUUUUUUUUUUUAAGACCGAGUCACUCUGUCACCCAGGCUGGAGUGUGGUGGCAUGAUCUCGGCCCUCACUGCUGCCUCCACUUCCCAGGUUCCAGUGAUUCUCCUGCCUCAGCCUCCUGGGUAGCUGGGAUUAUAGGCACGUGCCACCAUACCUGGCUAAUUCGUGUAUUUUUAGUAGAGAUGGGGUUUCACCAUGUUGGCCAGGCUGGUUUUGAACUCCUGACUUCAAGUUAUCCACCCGCCUCACCUCCUAAAGUGCUAGGAUUGCAGGUGUGAGCCACAGCGCCUGUUGCUAUACAUUAUAAAGUAGUUUUUAAAAAGUUAUACUAGAUUUGUAUGACUAAGACAAGCUCUGUUUGAUUAUUCAUGAUUUAAAAUUUUCAGUGUUUGCUGGUAUUUUCAUAAGAGACAUAAGCCACUAUCCAGCUCGCUGUUCCCUAUCUCCUCUCAUUGUUCCUUUCUCCCUGCAUCCUCCUUUCAUGCAUCAUUUUCUCUCCUCCUUUUCCCUCCUGUCUCCUCCUUCUCCUUUCUCUCCCUCCUCCUCUUCCUCUAUCCUUUCCUUCUGGUGUCUUUGUCAGCUUUGGGAGUUAAAGCCUUUACCCCGGAGACUAACCUAGUUAAUAAUGCCAUCGUUCUUGAAUAUAUGAGAUCCUUUAUGUAAUAAAUGAUUUGGAGAAAUUCUCCUGUCAGUCUAGCAGUAACAAAUAUCUUGUUUGAGGGGUAGACAGGGUUGGAAAUUGUUGAGCAGGAGAACUCUAAAUUCUGGGCACCCUUUGGGAAGGUGAAGAUUCCAACCUUGAGCAGAAUGAUAUUGGGAAGUGAUGUGGGUGGGUUGGGUACAUUCACCUAGAGACCUUAGCUAAUCUGGCAUGGUGGGCAUUACACAUCUAUUAAUAGAUGGUGAAAGAGACGUCAUGAAGGUGAAACCUGACCCACUUGGCAUACCACUGGGCAUGGCAGGCACGAGCCAAGGAACAGACAAUCUACAGAUGAAUGUCACCCGGAUUCCAGAGUCAUUUCCUCCCGGGAAAUUGUUACCAAUUUCACCAACAUGGCCUUUCACAGAAGUCAAGUCUUCCUUAGCAGCAGACAGAAUCAAGACCGUGCUGGGACAGUCCUCUGACAACACAAGCUUGCCACAGUCAGCCCGAACCCCUACGUCCAAGACACACCACAGAACUAGGGCUCAUGCAGACUUCUCUUCUUCCCUUUACCAAGGAAGUGGACAUAGCGCCUCCCUCGAACCUUCCAAGGAUUCUACCGAGUCCCUGGUCCAACCGGGGCCUAAAGGGGGACAAGAAGCAGCCGAUGUGUCAGGUUUGCCUCUCACCAGCAUGCUCCCCUCGUUGUCCACAGUCCCUUCAGGGACAUUGUUCAGUGCUAUCCCCCCAUCCCAGCCAGUAUGGGCAGGGGCUUCCUCCAUUUCAAAGCAUCCCCCAAGGUCAGACAUUCCCACACUCCUCCUUCCACCUCCAUCCUCUUCAUUGGCUCCUGACUCACCUCAUUCCAUCAUCUCUGAGCCAGCAGAGCAACCCCCCAAAGUGCCGUUAGUUCCCCACACAGCUCCAGCCAACCCCUCUUCAGGUCAGAACAUAGCUAAUCCCCUAAUCCCAUUUUCUGAUGAAAUGGACCACACUCCAUCCCAAAAUGCCCAGGAUCUCAUAGGCAUCCCUCAUCUAGGUGUUUCUGGAUCCUCAACAAAAUGGCAUUCCAAGCUGUCCCCAACAGAGGGUCCCCAUUCAGCAGGCUCAUCCACACCUGGGUUUUUGAGCCCCAUGGCAGAACUGUCCCAUUCAUCUCCCCCUCCCCCAGCACUUGGAAGUCUUCUUCAGCUUCCAGAUGGAAGCCCCUCAUGGUCAAUGUUGGAAGUGGCUUCAGGUCCUGCAUCCACCCAGCAGAUCAAAGCUGGGGUGCCUGGAAGAGUGCACAAUGAGGUGUCUUUGCCAACUUUUAAGAAUACAGAAACAGCGACCCAUGAGGCUGAGCCUCCACUUUUCCAGACUGCAGAAUCAGGGGCCGUAGAAAUGACCAGCAGAAAGCUAGCCUCUGCCACUGCAAAUGACUCUGCUAACCCGCUGCAUUUGUCAGCAGCUCCAGAGAAUUCCAGAGGGCCCGCCCUUUUGGCGGAACACACCUCUUCUUUGGUGCCUUCUCCUCUGCAUAUCACCACACUGGGUCAAGAGCAAGCCAUCCUUUCUGGGGCAGUUCCCGCAUCACCAUCAACUGGGACAGCCGACUUUCCCUCCAUACUUACUUUCCUCCAGCCCACAGAGAAUCAUGCCUCCCCAUCUCCUGUGCCAGAAAUGCCCACUCUUCCAGCAGAGGGCAGUGAUGGGUCCCCUCCUGCAACCAGAGACUUGCUCCUCUCAAGCAAAGUUCCUAAUCUUCUUUCCACAUCUUGGACAUUUCCCCGGUGGAAAAAGGACAGUGUGACAGCCAUUUUAGGGAAAAAUGAAGAGGCAAAUGUGACGAUUCCUCUCCAGGCCUUUCCAAGGAAAGAGGUUUUGAGUCUUCACACUGUAAAUGGAUUUGUCUCUGAUUUCAGCACCAGUCGUGUCUCAUCUCCCAUCAUUACAGCACCAAGGACAAAUCCCCUUCCUUCAGGAUCACCUCUACCUUCCAUGCUCUCCAUACAAGCCACCCAGACUGUUUUCCCAUCUCUUGGCUUUUCCAGCACCAAGCCAGAGGCUUAUGCAGCUGCUGUGGACCGUUCUGGGUUGCCAGCUUCAGCUUCCAAAUGGGUGAGAGCAUCGCCCUCCUCCAUGGAUGUAUAUGAUUCCUCAACAAUAGGAGACAUGAAAAAGCCAGCAACCACAGGUGUUUUCUGGAGUUCUCUUUCAGCAGAAACUGAAUCCCUUUCCACAGAAUCAAUAAUAUCUGGCUUGCAGCAGCAAACAAAUUAUGAUUUAAAUGGACACACAAUUAGCACCACAAGUUGGGAAACUCAUUUAGCUCCAACGGCUCCUCCCAGUGGUUUAACUUCAGCUGCCGAUGCCAUAAAAUCUCAGGAUUUCAAAGACACUGCUGGGCAUUCAGUGACUGCAGAAGGGUUUAGCAUUCAGGAUCUAGUCCUCGGUACGAGCACUGAGCAGCCUAUGCAACAGUCAGACAUGACCAUGGUUGGAAGCCAUAUAGACCCCUGGCCCACAAGCAAUAACAACCAUUCCAUAGACUUCCAAACAGCUGAAGUUGCAUAUUACUCACCCACAACUCAACAUUCUGUGUCUCAUCCUCAACUACAGUUGCCCAACCAGCCAGCACAUCCACUUUUGCUAACCUCAUCAGGACCAACUUCUACAGGUAGCUUGCAGGAAGUGCUUUCAGAUGGAACAGAUACAGGUUCUGAAAUUUCCAGUGACAUCAAUUCAUCACCUGAGAGAAAUGCGUCCAUACCAUUCCAGAACAUCUUGAGAUAUCACUCUGCUGCUGAAUCUUCUGUAUCGACCAGUGUCUUUCCCAGGACCUCCUCCAGAGUGCUGCGGGCUUCUCAGCACCCCAAGAAAUGGACAGGUGCAGCCACUAAUGCAGCGGACGCAGUAUCGUCUAAGGUAGAGCCAACAGCAGCAGCUGCCGUCACAUUGUUUCUGAGGAAAUCAAGUCCACCUGCGCUGUCCGCAGCCCUGGUUGCUAAGGGCACCAGCAGCAGCCCUUUGGCCGUGGCCUCAGGACCAGCCAAGAGCAGUUCAAUGACUACUCUUGCUAAAAAUGUCACAAACAAGGCCGCAUCUGGCCCAAAGAGGACACCAGGGGCAGUCCAUACAGCCUUUCCAUUCACACCAACCUACAUGUAUGCAAGAACAGGACACACCACGAGCACACAUACAGCCAUGCAAGGAAACAUGGGCACUGCCUCUGGCCUAUUGUCUACAACUUACCUCCCCAGGAAACCACAAGCCAUGCACACCGGCCUCCCAAACCCCACCAACCCGGAGAUGCCCAGAGCAUCCACGCCACGCCCACUGACAGUCACGGCUGCGCUGACAUCCGUUACAGCCUCAGUGAAGGCCACCCGGUUGCCACCGUUGCGAGCAGAAAACACAGAUGCUGCCCUUCCUGCUGCAUCGGCUGCAGUGGUCACGACUGGCAAAAUGGCAUCCAACCUGGAGUGUCAGAUGUCCAGUAAGCUCCUGGUGAAGACAGUUCUCUUUCUAACCCAAAGGAGAGUGCAGAUCAGUGAAUCCUUGAAGUUCAGUAUCGCCAAAGGGCUCACACAGGCAUUGCGGAAGGCUUUCCACCAGAACGAUGUCUCAGCUCACGUGGACAUUCUGGAAUAUUCUCAUAAUGUCACAGUUGGUUAUUAUGCUACCAAAGGGAGGUUGGUGUAUUUGCCUGCUGUGGUGAUCGAAAUGCUGGGUGUGUAUGGAGUCAGCAACGUCACUGCAGACCUGAAGCAACACACCUCACACUUACAGUCUGUGGCAGUACUUGCCUCCCCAUGGAAUCCCCAGCCUGCCGGCUACUUCCAGCUAAAAACAGUGCUGCAGUUUGUGAGCCAAGCGGACAACAUACAGUCCUGCAAGUUUGCUCAGACAAUGGAACAGAGGCUGCAGAAGGCGUUCCAGGAUGCCGAGAGGAAAGUCCUGAAUACCAAAAGCAACUUGACAAUUCAGAUUGUGAGCACGUCCAAUGCCUCCCAGGCAGUCACCUUGGUGUACGUCGUGGGCAAUCAGAGCACAUUCCUCAACGGCACCGUCGCCAGCAGCCUCCUCAGCCAGCUCUCGGCUGAGCUGGUGGGAUUCUACCUCACCUAUCCACCGCUAACCAUUGCUGAACCACUGGAAUAUCCCAACCUUGACAUAUCAGAAACAACCAGAGACUACUGGGUAAUUACAGUGCUGCAGGGUGUGGACAAUUCGCUGGUGGGCCUGCACAACCAGAGCUUUGCCCGGGUCAUGGAGCAGCGCCUGGCCCAGCUAUUCAUGAUGUCCCAGCAACAAGGCCGGCGGUUUAAACGGGCCACCACCCUGGGAAGCUACACCGUGCAGAUGGUGAAGAUGCAGCGUGUCCCAGGCCCGAAGGACCCAGCGGAGCUGACUUACUAUACCCUGUACAACGGGAAGCCUUUGCUGGGGACCGCAGCUGCCAAGAUCCUGAGCACCAUUGAUUCCCAAAGGAUGGCCUUGACCCUGCAUCAUGUUGUCCUUCUGCAAGCUGACCCCGUGGUGAAGAACCCGCCCAAUAACCUGUGGAUCAUUGCUGCAGUACUGGCGCCCAUUGCCGUGGUCACCGUCAUCAUCAUCAUCAUCACUGCUGUCCUCUGCAGGAAGAACAAGAACGACUUCAAGCCCGACACCAUGAUAAACCUGCCGCAGAGAGCAAAGCCUGUGCAAGGCUUUGAUUAUGCCAAGCAACACCUGGGACAGCAAGGGGCAGAUGAGGAGGUCAUCCCUGUGACUCAGGAGACGGUGGUUCUCCCACUGCCCAUUAGAGAUGCUCCUCAGGAAAGAGACGUCGCUCAGGAUGGAAGCACCAUCAAGACCGCCAAAUCCACUGAAACCAGGAAGAGCAGGUCGCCCAGUGAGAAUGGCUCUGUCAUCAGCAACGAAUCAGGGAAGCCCAGCUCAGGGAGACGCUCACCCCAGAAUGUAAUGGCACAGCAGAAAGUGACAAAGGAGGAGGCAAGGAAGAGAAAUGUGCCAGCGAGUGAUGAAGAGGAGGGAGCAGUUCUAUUUGACAACUCCAGCAAGGUAGCCGCUGAACCCUUUGACACAUCUUCUGGGUCUGUGCAGCUCAUUGCCAUAAAACCCACAGCCCUCCCAAUGGUGCCCCCCACCUCGGACAGGAGCCAGGAGUCAUCAGCAGCCCUCAACGGCGAGGUGAACAAAGCCCUGAAGCAGAAGUCAGACAUCGAGCACUAUCGGAACAAGCUGCGCCUCAAAGCCAAGAGGAAGGGAUAUUACGACUUCCCUGCAGUGGAGACGAGCAAGGGUCUGACUGAAAGAAAAAAGAUGUAUGAAAAAGCCCCGAAGGAAAUGGAGCAUGUUUUGGAUCCAGAUUCAGAACUCUGUGCUCCAUUCACCGAGUCUAAAAACAGGCAACAGAUGAAGAACUCUGUCUACCGAAGCCGGCAGUCUCUGAACAGCCCGAGUCCAGGGGAAACCGAGAUGGACCUUCUGGUGACUCGGGAGCGACCCCGGCGUGGAAUCCGCAACAGCGGAUACGAUACUGAGCCUGAAAUCAUAGAGGAAACCAACAUUGACAGAGUUCAUGAGCCCCGGGGCUAUUCCAGGUCUCGGCAGGUGAAAGGCCACUCGGAGACCUCCACGCUGAGCUCCCAGCCAUCCAUCGACGAGGUCAGGCAGCAGAUGCACAUGCUUCUGGAGGAGGCCUUCAGCCUGGCAUCCGCGGGCCACGCAGGCCAGAGCCGGCACCAAGAAGCCUACGGCUCAGCCCAGCACCUGCCCUAUUCGGAGGUGGUGACCAGCGCUCCGGGGACCAUGACGCGGCCCAGGGCCGGGGUGCAGUGGGUGCCGACCUACCGCCCAGAAAUGUAUCAGUACAGUCUGCCCCGGCCGGCUUAUAGGUUUUCCCAGCUUCCUGAGAUGGUCAUGGGCUCACCGCCUCCACCCGUACCUCCCCGGACUGGUCCUGUGGCUGUCGCUUCUCUCAGGCGAUCCACCUCAGACAUCGGCAGCAAGACCAGAAUGUCCGAGUCUGUGGGGCCCGAGCCGGCCCAGCUGCACGACAGCGCCUCCUUCACGCAGAUGUCCAGAGGCCCCGUGUCCGUGGCGCAGUUGGAUCAGUCGGCUUUAAAUUACUCAGGUAAUACGGUGCCAGCGGUGUUCGCCAUCCCAGCUGCCAACAGACCUGGCUUCACCGGCUACUUCAUCCCGACGCCUCCCUCAUCCUAUAGGAACCAGGCCUGGAUGUCCUAUGCAGGAGAGAAUGAGCUCCCGAGCCAGUGGGCAGAUUCGGUGCCCCUCCCAGGGUACAUCGAGGCCUACCCCCGAUCACGGUACCCACAGAGCUCUCCCUCCAGGCUUCCUCGCCAGUACAGCCAGCCAGCCAACCUGCACCCCAGCCUGGAGCAGGCCCCGGCGCCCUCCACAGCGGCCUCGCAGCAGAGCCUGGCAGAAAACGACCCGUCUGACGCUCCCCUGACCAACAUCUCCACUGCGGCCCUCGUGAAGGCCAUCCGGGAGGAGGUGGCCAAGCUGGCCAAAAAACAGACAGACAUGUUUGAGUUCCAGGUCUAACGCCUUAGCCCCGUGGGACUCUGGACUUCCGAACUCUGAGGACACAGCCUUUGGGUUUCCCAUGCCUACGUGUUAGGACUUUGAGACAUAGCAAUGGGUGAGUCUUUCUCACCCUCCAUUUCUGAAAAGGUGAACUAUGGGGCUUCUGGGAACAGGAAACUCUUGAACGACUAGAUUCUUGGCUCAUCCAACUGAUUGUGGGUCAAGAAGUCCCUGCUUGGGGCCUUAUGUUUGAUAUUCUCUCAUGUCAAAUGUUUGAACUGUGGGCAUAUUCCCUAUGGAAGCUUAGUCACGAGAGGCACUAGCUAAUCUACAGAUUCCUAUCCAAUGCCACAUUUUAAUAAAUCACCGGAAGCGGGAGAAUGUAGCUCUUAUCUUCGGUGACCUCUGCAUGUUAACUCUGUUUCUGUGUUAAAGGCAAUGCAGGAGUGUGGAUUAAGCACCAGACUGUAUUCUCAUUCAACCAUGACCGUGCGCAUUAAAAUCAGUUUGUAAGGGAGACACUGACUCCAGCCAAGAAACCUGAGCCCCUUUUUUUUAGGUUCAUAUUCAAAGUCAAAUGCACUGGAUGAAAGGCAGUACCAAUGGCUGUGCCUAUAAAUAGACCUGAUUCUUUGUUUCCCUCCUCAAUUAAACAAAGGCCAAGAAAGAGAGAAGAUGAGAGGGAAUGGUGGAUUUGUGCUGACAGAUUUUUCAAAAGGUGUUGCCAUUUUGGAAAUAAAAGUCCCCUGCAAGUUAGGAUCUAACUGAAAGAGAAUCGGUGCUAAGAGCUUUUAGGAUGCUACAAAAGAAAUGCAGUUAUCUGUGAAGGAUUUUCUUUGCCCUGCUUUGAAGGUGGCCUGAGAAUGGAGCUUCUCUUUUUCUUGGGAUAAUAGAUACAUCAACUUUUACAAGAACAUCUCUGUCUCUUCAACAAUGAUGUCCAGUGUGUGCUGCUGAGUGGUACAAAAGGAAAUGGUACUUGAUUCCUGUUAGAAACAGGAGUGUGGUAGAACCACAGUCUUCCCAGGCCGCAGCCUCUGUUUAUAGAAGCUUCUGAAUGUAGAAAAGCUGUUGAAUUUCAUUGAAACGUAAAUAACCUUUUAAAAAACGUAUGGAGUUAGCCAGUGCCCCCUAGUUAAUGGAUAUAGGAAGACAUUUGCUGAAAUGGUAGGGUGGCCACUUUGUGACCAUGAUGUUGCAGGUCGCCCUCCCUGGCAUGGCGAGUUGGCUUCCAGAGCUGUGGGUAGAGGACAUCGCCUCACAGCACUGAGGCACCAGCCACUGCCUACCCAUCAAUGCAAGCAAAACAGCUACUGACUUUGUGUAGCAGGUAGAUUGGGGACUCUGGUUCCCUCGCCAAGUGUGACAGCCUGUGCAGUGUUGGGGGCUUACCUGGUAUCUGUUGGAGAAUGAGGUCCUGUCCUGCUUUCACCCAUGACCCAUCUAGCUUCAGCUGUAUCCAUUUUCUUCUGAGCCCAUCUUUCCAUUGUCCUCAACGAGUUUCUUUGGUCUUUACUGAAAGAAGAUGGUAGAAAUUUAAAAGUUGAGAGAAGACUAGAAAUGGAACUGAUUAGAAGGGGAGGUUCAAACUGUGAAUGCACAGACUUUUCAAAGAAGUUGUUUAUAUUUUCCAAUGGCAAAUUGCCCUUUCUGGAAUGUUCAGAGAUGAUGUGUCAUGGAACCUUCAAACGAGUCUCUUGUUCGGAUGAUAAUAGGUAGUGUCCUUUUAGUAUGCUGGUUGAUCUUUCAUAGUAUUAGUGUUUUGUUACUUAAAAAGGAAAUCAGCUAUAAAUAAAAUGUAUUUUUGUAAUUCCCGUGUGUAUAUAUGGUAUAUUUCUAUCGAUGGCCAGUCAUUGUAGUCCAAAACCUAGAUCAGUUUGCAAAACACUGUGGACAGUGCGAGAUUUUAUUGACAGGUUAACACAAUGCCUACGUCUAUCCACAUAGGCAUUCAAUGCACUUGAAUGAACAAAGAGCCAAAGAAACUCAGCCUUUUCAUGCAAAUGGUAUGAGUCUGAUAAAAUCAGCUACAUUGUCCUGCUUUAUCAAUAAUAAUAUUUCAUUAGUGCAAUGAUAUCAACCAGUACUUUGUCUACUUGGUAAAUGCCUGGAAAUACUGUAUGUGAAAAUGACGUUUCAAGACCUUACUGUAAUUGAAAUAUAUGUAAAUGUUUCAGAAGACAGUGUCUGGAAUUUGGAUGUUUCAAUGACUUACAGAGACUGAGUCUACAGUUUGCAGAGCUAUGGCUCCAGAGUGCUAAGAGGAUGGAGUCGCAAAUCACUGUGGUCUUUACAGAGUCCCAGGAAAUAUUGAGUGAGUCAAGUGAGACAGCUAAAAAGAUAGCAUGCUAAAUCAGAUACUGUCUUAAACUAGACACCAUGGGUUCAAGAAUAGUAUUAAUAGAGAGAGGAAAACCUUAAGGUGGAAAGAAAUCAGUCUGUUCAUGUUUUCCCACUCAUGGGGAGACAAAGCCACCCUGGUCAGAUUUUCUGUGACUGAGAUGUGGUCCCUUCCCUGAAGAAUCUCCUAACCUUAUAGAGGUGACAGAUACCUGGACAGCUGACUCUAAGAGAUGGUCAAAUGUGCCUCAAAGAAUUGAAAUAGGGUUCCCAGAGAGCCCGAGGAGGCAGCAAUGAACAAACACCCUGUUCAUCAGAACCCUCUAGAUAGUCGCAGAAGCCACAAAGGACCUUGGUUGACCUUGGAGGAGGAAGCAGAAGUACCAAGAAGUGGAGUGACCGGCCCAGUGAUUCAGUCCCAACCUCCUGGUUCACGAACCUGCUUGCUUUCCAUCUCACCAUGUGGCCUGCAGGCUUGUCAGUAACACAUUUCUUUAACUGUGCCUAGAGGUUUAAAAACAAGAUAAGGGUCACAUGAAGAACUCCAUAAUGUUCUUGCCAAGAAAAAAGAUGAUUGAGUAUAUAACGAACUUCAGAUACAGUGUAUAGAGGAUGAUGCAUUUGUGGCAUAAUAAAUAGUUUUCAGUGCUGGUUUUGAUAAGAGUUUUCUGCAUUCAUGAAAAAGAAAUGCAUUUUGGCUUUUUCCAGAGAGAGUACCAUCAAGGAAACGGAGACCUCAACUGCUGUUCUAGACUGUGGGGGUGCAUUCCUCUCUCAGCACCAACGAUCCCAACAGGCAGGCAGGGAGGCCCUUGACUUUGUGUCACUGUGAGGCAGCAGAGUCCAUGCUCUGCAUCAGGGGAGGUGCAGUAAAGGUCCAUUGUGUGGCUUGAGACCUAUGAUCUGAGGCUUGUGCAUAAUGAGAUGGCAGCUGUUACCUACAGAGCAAGGAGUUUCCUCUUUCAGGGUAGAUUAUGUAAGAAUCAAUUCCCUGGUCCCGGGAGAAGUUUUAUUGUGAGUUUGUUAAUUUAAGAACUCAACAGAAGGACAUGUAAUGUCCGAGUAAUCUUGAUGGAAGAAAGGAAAUAGAUCUGUGAUUAAAACACACACACACACACACACACACACACACACACACACACACACACACUACUUCGGAGAGAGAAUGUAGAAUGGAAGAGGUGAGGAAUUUAACUAACAGAGAUGCUUUUUCUAACAGGCAGAAAUUAGAGAAAUGGAUCAAAAGAUUUAAACAUUGAUUACAUAUAAACGAGUUUCCUUUUUUUCUACAUAGCACACAGGUGCUCAACAUUUAAUGAAUAAUAUAACAGAUAUUGUCUUAAAAGUUUGAAAACAGGAUUUGUACUUAAUCCUAAAUUCCUCCUAUCACACACCAGAAAAUAAUUUGGAUUUUAUUUACAAACUACAUCCAAAUACUCUUAAAGAAAGAGCGUCAUUUAGCUUGGAGUAGGGACUGACUGAGGUCUAAGUGUUGGAAAUUAAAUUCUGCCAUUUAGUCCAACCUCGAAGGUGUUCCAGGCAAGGAGCUUUGCAAGGACUGGAAACCCUUUCACACUUGGUCAAGUGCAGGCGUUGGCUGAAAGAAUAGAGGGACAUUUCACAAACACAGAACACAGCUUCCCUACAGGAAAGGGAUGGAGCCAGCCACCUUUGCCCUUGCUCUCAUGUUCUCUGUCCUCGUGGACUUUUUUCUCUGUUUCCCUCUGCCUAUCUGCCUGGGUCUCUUGCUUCUCCUGGCCAACCAGCUUUCUCAUUAGUGCAUAUGUAGCUGAAAAAUCCACCCCCUCAGAACUCACUCCACACAACCUUUCCUUUUCAGUACCCACCACUCUCUGACUAGCAUCUCUGUGACCCCUAAGGCAAAUUUUUGAGGAUCUGAUUGGUUUAGUUCAUCUGCCUAUGGGUGAGCCACCCUGGGGUCAGGUGCCUGUCCAAUCAGCUGUUACCAAGGAGGCAGGGCCGUGUCAUUUAAGCAUGACCCCAUGGACUGACCCUUUCAGCAGGGACUUUUAUUGGGGGCUGGUACCCAGAAGAAGGAGCAUGAGUGGGCAAGACCUUCACAAAGAACCUACUACACACUGGAACUGACUAGUACUCCUGGGAUGCCAUGCCACGCAGCAGCCAGCACUCGGAGAGCAGUCCCCUGGAUACUACCACAGAGAGAAAAGGGGCAUCUUCACUUGCACAUCAGGUGAGGGUGCACACACUUGAAACUCUGCUAGACUGGCCAGAGCUGCCCCAGCCACUUCUCACCCCACCACCAGUUAUUGAUACAGCCGCUGGGUCUAAGAAGCUAUUUCUGAACAAGGCCCAGUUAGCACAAUGUCUUGCUCAGCAGACAAUAAAUACUUGUAAAUUGAAUUGCAUGAUCUUAGCUCAGGUGCUAUUAAUGUGGCUCAGGGCCACACACUUGCAUGGAUGAGAAAACCAAUGAGCCCCUCAACAGAGUCUUUUGAAACAAAAUUGGUUUCAAGUGAAACUUACAUUAUUUUGGCUUUGACCUUCUGAAUAUAAUAACUUAGUGUCCUGAGAAUUGAAAGGCCUCUUGAUAUCUUAGGUGAACUGUUACAGAAUCCUAGCCUAUGGUAAAUGCUAAAAUGUAAGGUGUUUCUGAAAAGGAAUAUUUAGGAAAUAUAAUUGUGCCACAAACACAUUACUUGAGAAGAUAUGCAGUUGCUCUGAUUCUGCAGGUUAAAAAAAAAAAAAUGGGAAGUUUGUGAUAUGGCAGAAUCUGUCUCCAUUGGUCAAACCAUACUUCAGUGAGAGCCAUUAUAAAUGAAAUCUAAAAAUUGAUCAUUUUCAUUCUCUGACCUUGGUCAGACUUUUGCAAAUUAUGGAUAGAGGCCAUCAACAUAUUUUACAUAAAUUACUGUGGCCUCAUCUUAUUUCUCCUCAUUUCUUCCUUAUGUUUAAACACGCCCCCAUCUCACACACAAACUGAGUAGAGAAAAGAUUUGUAUCAAACAGAAUCAGAGGCAUCUGAAUGGAGUGGAAAUUGUGAAAAAGGUAUAAAUAUCCUAGACCUUGAUCAACUCACUUUAAACUGGUCUCUGAUUCCUCAACUGUCAAAUGGGUAUAAGACCCUCUGUACUUCCCAUGGUGAUUUUGAGGAGCACAUGCAUAAUGUAUCUGAAAAUGGUUUGACAAGCACUUGAAGGCAUUCUUACUAAAUUAUUUUGUAAUUCAGUUUUAUCCAGGAAAAUAUUUUAGCUCCUCCUAUCUGCUGAAUUAAUUUAUACAGUCACAUGUUCCAUGACACAAUGUUUUGCCAAGGAAAAAUAAAUUCCUAAAUUUGAAAUUGCCCACAAGAUCUAGCCUCAUCUGGAGUUGCUGUUAUUGUCAUUGUUGUCUAUGAUUUGGAGGAUAUGUAAGUACUUGUACAUGUGCUUUAACUCUGGGUGAAAACCCCGACCAGUGAGUCUUUAAAACCAUAUUAGACACAUUGGGCAAAGUACUGAGCAGAAGCUUUGAAUGUAGCUGUUGUUAUUUUAAUGCUUUGCUUUCUAAUGAACUUUGUACGUCCUUAGCCUCUGCCGGGAACAGAGUGUUCAUAUGCUGUUAGGAUUUUUUAUUGUAAAAUAAAAUGACAAAGGCUUUCAUACCCCAAAA